AUGACGACGCCCCCCCACGCACGACCGCACCCUGUUCUCGACGACGACGCACCCCGCACCCUGUUCUCGACGAUGACGCCCCCUGCGUAUCCACACACCCCUGUUCUCGACGUCGCCAACAAUGAUGCACGCCCGCACCCCAUUCUCGACGAUGCCCCCCACGCACGCCUGCACCCUGUUCUCGAUGACGACGCACCCCCACACCCUUACACCUCACCCCUACCCCCUGUCUACCCCUGGCCCCUGGUCAUCAACAUGGCUUCUACCAAGCCCAGGUCCACCAGGUCUGCAACCAAGGCCAUGCAGCGGGAGCUCAUUGUGGACAUCCCUGUAACCAAGAAGAAACAAACCAAGGCUAAGAAGAACAAGAAUAUCACCUCUGCCGACCGUGAUGCAGCUGAUGAAGAAGCUAAUGAGACUACGGUAGAGAAUUUGACUGCUACUGCUAGGACACUUCAGGAGAGUGGUGCUCCGCUUGCACCACCUGCUCGUCAAGUUGGGACUGGAGUCACCUUGGCUCCAAUCACUCCGAGCAUCACCACCUCUCGCAUCAGGCAUGAAGAGCCAGAGGAUGUCCCCCAGAUCGCCACCAAGGACAAGGGAAAAGGUAGAGACCUUACCAAUCUGGGUUCGCUGGAUGCAGAGGAGGAGAAAGAUGAAGGAGAAGAUGCAGAGGCUGAGAAGUCUGAUGAAGAGGGUGACGAGGAGAAAGAUGCUGAUGCUGGUAGCAAUGGCGAUGAAGAUGGUGAGCCGAAGAAGACUGACAAUGAGGACGACAAUGAGGACAAUUCCGCUGAGGUGCCCAUGCCUGCUGACUUGUCAGACAAUAACGACGACACCAUGGAGGUUGACCCCACCACUCCCAAGCGCCCUGCCACCCCCGCCAAACCCACCACUGCUUCCAAGCGCAGAGCCAGCACUUCACCCACCACCGCUCGUCAGAUGGGUAAGGGUGUACGCAAGGACAUCACCCAUGCUAGUGCUUCCUCUCACCGAGCUCCCCCCUCUCCUACAUCUGAUGACCUUGACGAUUUGCAAGGCGCAUCCCAUACCAUGGGUGGCUUUGCUAGAGGCAAGGCCAUGGGUGUUGCCUUGAACAUGGCUGACUUUGACACCAACGAGGAGUCUGAUGCCCCGCCUGUCAUGGGCAUGCUCCUUGUCUUCAAGGAUGGGGCUUCGCCUCUGGAGGGUGCCAGGCCUGUUGGGGUUAAAGUCCCCAUCAAGAACACUCUGGGGCCUGUCCUCACUGCUGCUGCCAAGAAGAUGGUGGCUCUUACUAACUCUGACAUCCUGCUCUGGGAUGCAGAGGACCACUUCUGGGAAGCCAAGGGGCCUUAUGCCACUGCUGUCAGGGACAAUGAGGCUGUCAUCUGGGAUGACAAGAACAAGCUCAGAAUUGGAAUUCAACCAUCUGAGCUUGGUGUCUCCUACCUUCCGCCUCCCUCUCCUUCCAUCAACUCCUCGGCUGCCCCCUCUGCAGUCUCCUCCAUCACCCCCUCUGCCUCUGUCUCUGUUGCCGGCACCCUUGAUAUCGCUGUCAACCCUCUCACUGCUGCCUUCCGUGACGAACCCCUCCUUUUGCAAAUUGCAACUCGCAUGGGGGUACCCUACCACAUGACGAACCAUGGAGCUGCUUCAGCCCCUGGGCUUCCUUCGCUCAGGUCUAUGUAUGCUCGGAUUCAGCUUGCCAAGGAGGCCAAAGAGAAGUGGGACAGCUUGACAACUCCAUGGACAGGAGGUAAUGUUUCGGAGAAGACCCUUUGUUCUAUCUUCGUUGGCAAGACCAAUUUUAACACUUACACCGCCCUCUUUGACCACUCCGUCUUCUUUCCCAUCAUCAUGGACAUGUUGCGCAACCCCAAGUACGACGUCACCUCCAGUGCUCACACUAUGCUCUGGGGAGCUCGUAAGCCUGGUAAGGACACUUUGGCCAAGGUUCUGGACGAGUUGGAGGCAGAGAAGAAGGCAGAGGAGGCAAAGAAAGCCAGAGAUGCAAAGAAGAAGGCUGCAGCUAAGAAGGCUACAAAUUUCUGUUUACAGGCCUUCUGGAUGAUCUUAUCCCUCUUCCUCUUGCUGGGACUCCUUCCAUGUGCUGCUGCAGCCCCUCUGGAAGAUUCGUUUCCUGACAUCCGGUUUGCUGACUUUGCCAAAGUUGUCAAGCUGACCUUUGGUGAGAACAUUACUCUUGCCACAGUUCUGAUGCUCCUCUUCAGCAUCACCAGCAACACCGACAUUCUCAACUUGCAUGGACAACAGAAGGCUGUAGAUAGUAACAACCAGGUGGUCACCAGCUGGAUGGCUGCCUUUGUCCGUGCCAUCAAAGACAAGCUUCAGGUUGAUGUCUCUAACAUCCCUGAUGACUCUGAUGAUGAUGCUGGUGCUGGAGACAACAACUCCAACUCUGGAUCCUCUGAGGACAACAUGGAUGCCUCUGAUGGCAAUUCCAUCUCAGGAUCUGAUGACGACAUGAACUCCUCUGGCUCUGGCUCCUCUGGCUCUUCUGACACUUCUGUGAGUGCUGAGACCAUCUUCGACACCCUCUUCCUGCCUGGAGACAACCACAAAUCGUGUACUGCAAAGAGUCAGACCACCAUACUUGGUAAAAAAACUCGACUCUCUCUGUCAAUUUCUGGAUCUCUACACGCAUAA